UUGUUCUGCGCUCGCGCCACGCAUUCGUACGCCGCUUCUUCCCGCGAAAACUCGCGCGCAACCAUGUCUCAUUUGAAAGUUUUGCGCGGCAAUUUCGUAAAGAUCCUGAACUCUCCCCCUAAACUAACCCGUAAAACUAAAAUACUUCGGAAUGUGUUAAAUAACAGGUGCUUCGCUACGAAGACUGCUCCCGUCGUCGAGGGCAAGUAUUUGACUUCAACAUGGGGUGAAAUUGAAAUUGGGAAAGAAACUUUGACGGAUUACGUGUUUCGGGACAUCGAGUUAUGGUCGGAUAAGCCUUGUGUGACAUGCGGCGCAUCCGGGCGCGGAUACGACUACAGCAUGAUGCAGCUGAUGAUCGAGCGCUGCGCCAACGGCCUCGCUGGAGCCCUGAAGAUGAAGCCAGGAGAGAAGAUCGGGCUCAUCCUGCCCAACCUGCCCGAGUUCGUGGUCCUCAUCUACGGAGCUAUGAAGGCUGGAUUGGUUGUGACGUUUGCGAAUCCUUUAUACACCGCUGAUGAGGUGAAAAGGCAAUUCACGGAUUGCAAUGUGAAAUGCAUCGCCACCAUCGAGAUGUUCAUGCCCGUAGCCACCGAGGUGGCCAAGUCUCUCAAGGACUACAAGGGCACCAUUUGGGUCGGCAGCGAUGUUGAACACCAGGAUGGUGUAUACGGACUGAAGCCCCUACUGAUGGCGGACCACGAGGCAGAUCUUCCAGAAGUGAACGCCGACGAUGUCUGCCUCAUCCCCUACUCUAGCGGCACCACAGGCAUGCCCAAAGGAGUCAUGCUCACGCACAAGAAUCUCGUGUGCAACCUCAAGCAGGUCCAGUGGCCGAAGAUAAUGAAGUAUGAGGGAGAAAAGGGCAAAGGCGACGUGGUGCUAACGGUGCCGCCAUUUUUCCACAUCUACGGAUUCAACGGGGUGCUAAACUACAACCUUGCCCUCGGCUACCAUGUUGUCAGUAUGCCUAGAUUUACCCCAGAAGACUACAUCAGGUGCCUAUCGGAAUACCAGCCCACGACGUUGUUCGUGGUGCCCUCGCUGCUCGCGUUCCUCGCCACGCACCCGUCCGUCAAGAAGGAGCACUUGCAGUUUGUGGAAACCAUCAUGGUGGGCGCGGCGCCUACUACGGACAGCAUGCUGGAGAAAUUCCUGCUUAAAUGCGAGAAGACUAAGGACGAGAUCCGUUUGUUACAAGGUUACGGCAUGACAGAGAGCGCACCAGUAGCCCUGAUGACUCCAUACGUGUACCCCUACAACAAGGUGGGGUCAGUGGGGCAGCUCAUCCCCAGCACGCAGGGCAAGAUCAUCUCGCUCACCACCGGCGAGAUGCUGGGCCCGCACAAGUCGGGGGAGCUGUUAAUUAGGGGACCGCAGGUAAUGAAAGGCUACUGGAACAACGAGGCAGCAACCAAAGAGACGCUAGACGCUGACGGCUGGCUGCACACGGGCGACGUGGCGUACUACGACGACGACCAGUACUUCUACAUCGUCGACCGCACCAAGGAGCUCAUCAAGGUCAAGGGUAACCAGGUAUCUCCUACGGAGCUGGAAAGUGUCAUAAUGGAACUACCCGAAGUAGCUGACGUGGCGGUAGUAGGCGUGCCCCACGCUUUAGCCGGAGAAGUGCCCCGAGCGUUCGUCGUUCUGAAGCCCAAAAAGACUCUCACAGAGAAGCAAGUCUACGACCUCGUGGCGUCUAAACUGACUAGGUACAAGCAUCUUGAAGGAGGAGUCGCCUUUCUUGACUCUAUCCCAAGAAACGCCGCCGGUAAAAUCAUGAGGAAUGAACUCAAAGUUAGAAGGUACUCUCCUAAGAAGUGAGGUGUAAAUAACUUGUAC